AUGUCAACGGAAUAUCUCGUCAAUGAACAACAAGAUUGUUCGACAACACAUGAAACUACAUCGGCAAAUGGCCACUAUAGUUCCUUGACGUCAACGUCGAAUUCUCAACAAACGACAUCUUCAUUGAGUCAAGCGAAUGAAACUCAUACACAAGAACUUUUGGAUGAAGCAUUGGAUAGUGUGAAGAAUGUUUUAAUGCAAACAUUCAAAAAAAAUCUCGAAUCCGGUGGUGAUCUGAUUGCUUUGAAAAACACAUUAGGUUCGGAUGAAGUUGCUGAAGUUUUUCUUGCAAAAUUAAAACAAUCACUUAAACGUGAUCAUGAAAACGAAUCGAAGACUCAAGAUACGCAUAUGGAAGUCGAUAAUGGUUUAUCUCAAAGUUCAACAGUAUCUUCACCUUCGAAUACUAUGGUGUCACCCAUAAUGAAUAAAACGGCUUCUCCGUCAUCACCACAAACCACGCCAACGAACAAUAAACGAAAGUCUUCCACCACAUUGACAAAUCCAAAUCGUUUCGAUGGGACAACCGAGGAGGAACUAUCUCAACGUGUUCUUCAGGAUAUUCUCCAGCCGAAUCUUGAUAUUGUCUUUGUCGGAGUCAAUCCAAGUCUUUAUGCUGUGCACAAGGGACAUCAUUAUGGUGGACCAGGAAAUCAUUUUUGGAAAUUAUUACAUAUGUCUGGUUUAAUACCAGAUGUGUUGAAUGCAAAUGAUGACUAUCGUAUGCUACAGUAUGGAAUUGGUUUUACAAAUAUUGUACAAAGACCAUCGAAAGCAGGGUCGGAUAUAACAAAGAAUGAGAUUACAGCUGGUGCGGAGAUUUUAAUGCAGAAAAUUAAAACGUAUCGGCCGAAAAUUGUUGCAUUUAAUGGACGGGGUAUCUAUGAGGUUUAUGCAGGAAAUAAACAUUUUCAUUAUGGAAAACAGCCAGAAUUAUUUCUUGGAACAGAUACUCAUGUUUUUGUUAUGCCAUCUUCAAGUGCUCGUUGCUCCCAAUUACCUCGUGCUGAGGACAAAUUACCGUUCUAUGUUGGUUUAAGGAAACUACGAGAUUUUGUAAAUGGAUCAUUACAUUCGCUAAACGAAGCUGAGAUCACUUUUCCCGAUAUCAAAAUCAAAGAUACAGACGAUGUCUCGCAGAAAACAGUUAUAAGAAUUAGUAACACGCCAUUCUCGGAAUUGUCAGAAGAAAGACUAAAACCAUACGGUGGCAAGAUUCCUUCGGGUCAGAUGAUAUCGAAACAUCCUCAUCCACCUGUAUCUGCAUCACCGCCAAGUCUGAUUUUUAAUACUGAAGCAUUGACAACACAAACAAUGUCUAUUUUACACAAUACAAAUCAGCAAACAAAUGAAAAUAUACUCACGCAUGAUCAACCAAUGCAACGUGUUUCUUUUCAAACAAAUAGAAAUCUCAUACAAUCAAAUAGUCAGACAUCUAUGUCGACAAAUGGAUCAAUAUCAACGAAAAAUUCUUUCUGUGAGAAUCCAUCUUCGAAUACUAAUGCAGCUGUACUUGCUGCAUUAGCGAAUGGAAGUUACAAUUCUUCAUUAUCAUCGAGUCAAUCUCAACAAACCUAUUAUUUACCAGCACCACAAACUGUUCGUGUCAAUGGGCAACAAGUAUCUAAUACGACAUGUUUAUCUUUGAAUAACAACUCCGCAGUCAUAAAUUCUCGACUACCAACUUCAGCAACACCCUAUUCAUCUUAUGUAAUUCACCAUCAACCACAACCAUCAACAGUUAAUCAUUCAAAUCUUCCAUCUUUACCUUCGGCGUCUCCGGUUAUUUCGCGUCCAUUGCUAGUUGUAAAAUCAUCAGACCCAUUACCAUCAUUUGACACGAUUCGUCAACCAUCACCAUUAACAAUUCGUGCACAAUCAAUACCAUCUUCGAAAGAUUCUCCGUCCAGUCAACAAUCAGUAGCAAAGCCCACACUUAUUGUUGUUCCCUCAGCUGCGAAACCAGUACCAUUAACCCUCACGAAUUCUUCAACAAUUGUUCUCCCAAAACUAUCGAAGCCUGCCGAGAAACCUUCGAUAAAUUCAAUAGACGAUCUUCCAUUCGUUCGUUACGAACGUGACUCUGAUUCCGCGAAUGCUGACCAAUUUCGUUUUUCUUAUAUCAUUGACGAACAUUCACCAGCAUUACACAAACGUUUACGAUACGUAUCAAUCAAUGAUCUAUAG